GACUGGUGUGUGGUGACUGAGCAGAAGGAAUCAGGCUGCAGAAUCCGGGCUCUAAAGCCUUAAAUGUUGUGAGAUUCCUUGAAGGAUUGUGAAAAUUCCAUUUUACAUGGCUGAGUGCCCAUAUCCAGUCUAAGUAGCAAUGGAAACUCUCCAGUUCAAAUCCAAUGAAUAUUAGGGAAGAUGGAUGCAGAGACUGAAGACAAAACGCUGCGUACCCGCUCUAAAGGAACCAAGGUGCCAAUAGAUUCUCUAAUUCAGGAGCUUAGGGUAUCACCUCCAAAGGUAGCAUCUCAGCUAUGCCUUCAAGAAGCCAUUGUAUCACUCCAUCAGGCCAGCAAUUUCUGCGAUGUGUGUGCUGCGCACGAUUGUUCCAUGGCAAAGAAGAGGAGAGCUGCAGAGCAGGCUUUGGGCGUCCCAGUCAACAAGAGAAAAUCCCUGCUAAUGAAGCCCCGACACUACAGCCCGCACGUGGACUGCAGAGAAGAAUGUGACGACAGGACCGAGGCGGAGGAGGAAGAUGGCCUCCCGGAAGCCAGCGACCACACCGCCUCAGAAGAAACCAUGAUAAAACCUAUGGAUGAGCACCUUCAUUCAACUGCCCAAGAAAACUCCAAUGGGAAGGAAGACAGAUAUGGCUGCUAUCGAGAGCUCGUGGUCAAAUCUUUAAUGCACUUGGGGAAAUUUGAAAACAAUAUGUCUGUUCAGACCGUGAGUGAGAAUUUAAAUGGCAGUGGCCUCCAGUGUGUCCAAGCAGAGAGUGAUGAAGCGGACGAGCACUUUGUGGUUCAUUCUGAUGACGGAAAAGAAAAAAUCAAUGAUCCCCAGCUUCGGUUCUGCUCUUCAGAUGACAGCGAGAGUAACUCUGAAAGUGCGGAGAAUGGUUGGGACAGUGGCUCCAACCUCUCAGAAGAAACCAAACCGCACAGGGUCCCAAAGUAUAUCUUAGUGGAUGAUAGAAAAGACCUACUGGGAGCUCCUGAAAUCAAAACCGAAGGUGACAAAUUUCUCUCUUGUGAAAACACGUGUGACCCCGAAACGGAAAGGAGAGACCCACAGAACACUCGCGUGGAACCACUAGAUGGCACAGGCCAGCCCUCGUGCGCGGGGGUGGAGGAAGAUGGUAACGGGAGCCUGGCAGCCAUGAGAGAAGAGUCCCUUGACCUGGAGAAAGCGAAGGGGAGCUUGAGUGUGCUGGAGCAGGCGAUUGCUCUGCAGGCUGAGCGAGGUUGUGUUUUCCAUAACACCUACAAGGAGUUGGACAGGUUUCUCUUGGAGCACCUGGCUGGGGAAAGGAGGCAGACCAAAGUUAUUGACAUGGGUGGAAGACAAAUCUUGAACAGUAAACAUUCACCGAGGCCUGAAAAGAGGGAGACCAAGUGCCCCAUCCCGGGGUGCGACGGCACGGGGCACGUGACGGGACUCUACCCCCACCACCGCAGCCUUUCGGGGUGCCCCCACAAAGUGCGGGUCCCCCUGGAAAUUCUUGCCAUGCAUGAAAACGUGCUCAAGUGCCCCACCCCGGGAUGCACAGGAAGAGGGCAUGUGAACAGCAACCGCAACACCCACAGGAGUCUUUCUGGUUGUCCAAUUGCUGCAGCUGAAAAAUUGGCAAUGUCCCAAGACAAAAGUCAGCUUGAUUCGCCCAAAAGCGGCCAGUGUCCUGACCAGGUUCACAGGACGAGCUUGGUGAAACAAAUUGAAUUCAAUUUCCGAUCACAAGCCAUCACCUCUCCCAGAGCCACGGUGUCAAAAGAACAAGAGAAGUUUGGGAAAGUACCAUUCGAUUAUGCCAGUUUCGAUGCCCAGGUUUUUGGCAAACGCCCUCUCGUACAAACAGGUCAAGGACGAAAAACGCCACCAUUUCCUGAAUCAAAGCAUUUUUCAAAUCCAGGGAAAUUUCCUAAUCGACUGCCUAGUGCGGGCGCCCACACACAGAGCCCUUGUCGUGCCAGCUCUUAUGGCUACGGUCAAUGUAGUGAAGACACCCACAUAGCAGCAACUGCUGCCAUCCUGAACCUUUCCACCCGCUGCAGGGAAACUGCAGACAUCCUCUCCAACAAACCACAGAGUCUGCAUGCCAAGGGAGCCGAGAUAGAAGUGGAUGAAAAUGGCACAUUGGACUUAAGCCUGAAAAAAAAUCGAAUCCUGGACAAAGCUGCACCCCUAACUUCCUCUAACACUUCUAUUCCAACUCCUUCCUCUUCCCCAUUCAAAACAAGCAGCAUUUUGGUCAAUGCAGCCUUCUAUCAGGCUCUCUGUGAUCAAGAGGGCUGGGACACUCCUAUCAACUAUAGCAAAACUCACGGGAAGACAGAGGAGGAGAAAGAGAAAGACCCUGCGAGCUCUCUAGAAAAUUUAGAGGAAAAAAAGUUUCCUGGAGAGGCCUCCAUACCAAGUCCUAAACCCAAGCUCCACGCGAGGGACCUCAAAAAAGAGCUCAUUACCUGUCCAACGCCAGGAUGUGACGGAAGUGGCCAUGUCACAGGGAACUAUGCGUCCCAUCGCAGUGUUUCUGGAUGUCCUUUAGCAGAUAAGACUCUUAAAUCCCUCAUGGCUGCAAAUUCCCAGGAGCUUAAGUGUCCAACCCCGGGUUGCGAUGGUUCCGGGCACGUGACUGGAAACUACGCUUCCCACAGAAGUUUGUCCGGCUGCCCUCGUGCCAGGAAAGGUGGUGUCAAAAUGACUCCUACAAAGGAAGAAAAAGAAGAUCCUGAACUCAAAUGUCCUGUGAUAGGGUGUGACGGCCAAGGUCACAUAUCAGGUAAAUACACGUCCCACCGCACAGCUUCUGGCUGUCCCCUGGCCGCCAAGAGACAGAAGGAGAAUCCUGUCAAUGGGGCCCCCCUCUCCUGGAAACUGAACAAACAAGAGCUGCCACACUGUCCCUUGCCAGGCUGCAACGGGCUGGGCCAUGUAAAUAAUGUUUUUGUCACCCACAGAAGCUUAUCUGGAUGUCCUCUAAAUGCACAAGCCAUCAAAAAGGGCAAGGUCUCAGAAGAACUGAUGACCAUCAAACUCAAAGCGACAGGCGGUAUAGAGAGCGAUGAAGAAAUUCGGCACCUGGAUGAAGAAAUAAAAGAACUGAAUGAAUCCAACCUUAAAAUUGAAGCAGAUAUGAUGAAACUCCAGACGCAGAUCACAUCGAUGGAGAGCAACCUAAAGACCAUAGAGGAGGAGAACAAGCUCAUAGAGCAGAACAACGAAAGCCUGCUCAAGGAGCUGGCUGGCCUGAGCCAAGCUCUCAUCUCCAGCCUCGCGGACAUCCAGCUCCCGCAGAUGGGACCUAUCAGCGAGCAGAAUUUCGAAGCAUAUGUAAAUACACUGACAGACAUGUACAGCAAUCUGGAACGGGACUCUUCCCCAGAAUGCAAAGCUCUGCUGGAAAGUAUCAAACAGGCAGUGAAGGGCAUCCAUGUGUAGGACCCACAGUGCUGCGGGGCAACAGAAAUUGCAAACAGCAGGAACACAGCCGGAUCUGGAAGGGGCCCCUGUGCUGCGAAGGCGCGCGGGUGGCCCUACUGCAUUUACGAUUGCAACAUUGCACUAAUCCCCACCACCCCCCACCCCCCAGCUGACAUGAAAAGGAGAGAAGAACUGUGAUAGACUCUGUGGAUUAAAAGCAAUGCAGUCAAAUAUUAGAUCUUAUUUAUUUUCAUAUGUUUUUAUUUUAUUUCUUCAUUGCACUCUUUUGGGUUAUUUUUGUUUGUUUUUGUAAAGUAUAUGUAAAAUAAAUGUGACAUUUUUAUAUUUUA